AUGACGAUUAAACAAAAGGUCUUAUUCAUCGGGAAAUUAAACACUGAAUGUGUUGAAUAUCUUCAAUUCGCUAAACGCUUCGAAUGUAUUCAUUAUCAAAUCACAUCAAUGCAAGAAUUGAUCCAUGAUUUCCAACAUAAAUUAAGUGAUGUUGAAGCCAUAUAUGCCGGUUGGGGUGGGUUUGAUAUCGUAGGUGGAUUCAAUGGAGAUGUAUUAGAUUUCUGUCCUCCUCAUUUAAAAAUGGUGGCUAUUUGUUCUAUUGGAUUUGAUGGUUAUGAUGUUCAAGGUAUGGCUAAAAAAAAUAUUAUAUUAACAAAUGUUCCUUCUAUGAUUGCAUCUGAAGCCGUGGCUGAUUUAGUAUUAUAUAAUACUAUUCAAAGUUUUAGAAAUUUUAAAAUCUUUGAACAAAAUUUACAAGGGAAAUAUUCCAAUACUGGAACUUUAAGAACUUCUUUAGUUCAUGGUAAAUUUGAUCAAUUUACAGGUCAACCAAUUUUAAAACCCGUCAUUGGAAAUUCAUUUUCUCAUUCAGUUUGUGGUAAAGAAAUCUUAUCCCCUCGUAAACAUAAUGCUGUCAUAGUUGGGUUUGGAAGUAUUGGUAAAUUAAUCGGUCAUAGAUUAUCUGCUAUUGGAAUGAAUAUUCAUUAUAUUAAAAGAUCAAAAUUAUCUCCCUUUGAAGAAUUAGAAUUGAAUUAUAAAACAACUUAUCAUGCUAAUUUGGAUGAAGUUAAGGAUAUUGUUGAUUUAUUGAUCAUUGCUUGUCCAGGAUCUGCUCAAACUAAACAUAUGGUAAAUGGAUCCUUAAUCAACUCUAUCUCCAAACCAUUCAGAAUUAUUAAUAUCGGUAGAGGUUAUAUCAUCGAUGAACCAGCUUUAGUUGAUGGAUUAAGAAAUGGAAAAAUCUUAUUUGCCGGUUUGGAUGUCUUUGAAAAUGAACCAACUGUCAAUCCUGAUUUAAUCGGAAGACAAGAUGUAGUCUUAACUCCUCAUAUUGGUUCUUCAACUACUGAAAAUUAUAAUUAUACCAUGUGUACUGCCAUGGAAAAUAUCGAACAUGUCUUAUUAAACACCGGUGGAAAAAUCACCAAUGUUAAUUAG